AGAUGAUGAAGGAGAAGCUGGAGGAGAUGAACAGACACAUCUCAGCUCUUUCACACACAAUCAAAGACAUGGAGGAGAUGAUGAGAGCCAGUGACGUCUGCUUUCUCAAGGAGUUUCCAGUCUCAAUGGAAAGAGUCCAGAUCUCAUCACAGCCGGAUCCACAGACUCCUUCUGGAGCUUUGAUUCAUGUGCCACGUUACUUGGACAACCUGCUGUUCAGAGUCUGGAAGAAGAUGCGGGCCAUUGUCCCGAAAAGAAGUGUUCGGCCCAAACAGGCCCCCAAGCUGAAGCCCCAGGUGCCUCAAUGUAAAGCCCUUUACAAAUAUGACGCCCAAGACACAGAUGAGCUCAGUUUCAACGAAGAUGACAUCAUUGACAUCACUCAUGAAGAUGUCUCUGGAUGGUGGACAGGGAAACUGAGAGAUAAAGAAGGUUUAUUUCCAGGCAACUAUGUGACCAAGAUCUAACCUCUACUGCCGUUACUGAGGGGAUUAGACUUGAACCUAAGCAGGACAAAGAAAGGAGGGAAAGCGGAGACAAUGUGUUGCUACAGACACUUGAGGCCAUGGGGGCAGGUGCCAACUGGACAUGAAAAUGUUUUCUAGGUCCCUAAAUACUAAGCUGUCCCUGCUGUGAGCACUGAUCAAAACUAUUGUUUUUAUCAAGGCUAUGAACCGGUUUAAGGAAUGAAACAAAAACCUGAAACAAACUAAAUUUUAACAGAAGCAUAAACAAAAGCAAAAACAAAAUCAAGUUUAAUCAUCCUGAACAGAAACGCUUAUUUGAAAUGACCAUUAAACAGUUAAUAGCAUUAUUUUAUCUUUCUGUUUAAGAUUUUAAUUUUGCAGUCAACCAAUCACAAAUUUAAAUAGUACGGCCUAUGCAAAUGUGACACUGAUACAUCCAACGUGAGUGAAAUGCCUGUACUCAGUUGUCAAGUCACCAAUAGGUAAGGUGCAAGGCAAUGUGCUGGCAUUAGCUGUUGGAUCUCAGGAGAUUAUCAGAGGAUGUAUCACCAUGUCAGGCUAUAUACCAUUAAUGUAGACCCACUACUCUUUUUUUUUUUUUUAACGAUUAAACUCCUUCUUGUCAAAGUUAGUAUUGUGGCUUUAUGUAUGAUCAGACACUUUCAUGUGUCGUUACACAAAGCUGGCCUCUAUAGCAGGGUGGCAAGAAAGAAGACUUUCCUGAAAAAGUGCCACACUCAGUCUUGUUUGCGCUAUGCAAGAACACACCUGGAAGACUCUGAUGCAAUCUGGCAAAACAUGCUGUCAUGACAGCUCUCAAAGAGAUUGGCAUGGUAAUGAAUAUGGCACUGUUAAUGUAAAAA